AUGAAGAUUCAAACAAAGGCGACAGGUGUUUUAGAACGAACAUCUCAUUACUUGAAAGCAGGAAUUUUGAGGGAAAAACCAGCAUGGUUCAAUGUUGUUGGAUCACAUCCACCAAUGAUGGACUUAACGAAGAAACCAAAAAAAUUUGACACACAAGCACAAGAAAAUGAUCCUAGCAGGUCAUUGUUUCAAAAGAAGAAGGGUGGAGACUUAUUUAAGACCCGUUCCAAUAUAUACGAUAGACAACAAAGGCAUAAUAGCAUUUCCAGAGUCCCCAAAUUGGAAUUUUUAGAAGAUCAAUUAAGAGACGUAUUCUACCACCAACAUCCUUGGGAAUUUUCCAGACCAAAGACAUUGAUUGAAAAUGAAGGUAAUGAGUCCAGCCAAUGUGAUUGGUCGCAUAUGUUACAAUUAUACAAACCCUUAGAUGGUGAAUCCGUUGUCCAAAGAACUUUGUGGUUAUUGCAAGAUUCGAAGAAAACCGGUAAGACCAUGUCAUUAUUUGAGGCAUACGACCAGGCAAGAUUCGAAUUCUACAGAUUAAGAAUGGAAGAAGAAAUGAGCAGUACCGUUUCAAAAGAAGAAUCCAGUAUGUACGGUGCAAUUUACCCAUCCACCAACUUAGACUGGGGUAUUAAGAAAGAACAAGAGUACAUUGAUGCAUGGACCAAGGUUGCAGGUGAAAAGACUAAAGUUAGAGAUGCCAACAAGGACGGAAGAACUGCUAACGGUUCAAUGGGUGCAGAUGAUGUGGUUGAAAGCAAACAAUCUAUAUGGGAGACAGUUUUCGAUGCUUCUGACGUUUCUGAAGCUUCACUCGAAGAGAAUUCGAAUGCUCAAACCAAAGACAAUGCUUAA